UUCGUAUGUUUGUUCAUGAGAGUGAGUAGACUUAUGACCACUCGAAAAUUGUGUUUGAAGUAUACUGAGAGGACGUGACUCGUGCGUUGAUAAUCAUGGCUGCUGCGAAUCCCUAUGGCAAUCUGUUAAAGCCAAUUCAAGUGUCAGGUAAAAAUCGUCAGUACUACGAUGUGGGAUCAUUCGGUGAUAAAUAUGAUCGACUGCCCUUCUCGAUAAAAGUUCUUCUGGAGAGUGCAGUGAGAAAUUGCGAUGAAUUCCAAGUGAAGAAAAAAGAUGUGGAGAAAAUUUUGGAAUGGGAAACUCAUCAGGCAAAGGAGGACGGUGUCGAGGUGGCCUUUAAACCAGCCAGGGUAAUUCUCCAGGAUCUCACUGGAGUGCCUGCUGUAGUGGAUUUUGCUGCUAUGAGAGAUUCCGUGAAGGAACUUGGAGGAAAUCCUGACAAAAUCAACCCUAUCUGCCCGUCCGAUUUGGUAAUCGAUCACUCCAUUCAAGUGGACUUUGUCCGCAGCGACAAUGCCCUGAAGAAAAAUGAGGAAUUAGAGUUUGAGAGGAAUAAAGAGCGUUUUAUGUUCUUGAAAUGGGGGGCUAGAGCCCUCCAGAAUAUGCUGAUUGUCCCUCCAGGAAGUGGAAUAGUGCAUCAGGUGAAUCUCGAGUACCUAGCACGAGUGGUUUUUGAUAAAGACGAGCUAUUGUACCCUGACAGUGUCGUUGGUACAGAUUCUCACACGACCAUGAUCAAUGGACUGGGGAUUUUGGGGUGGGGUGUUGGGGGAAUUGAGGCUGAGGCUGUGAUGCUGGGUCAAGCUGUUUCCAUGCUUCUGCCUAAGGUCAUCGGUUAUAAACUCGUGGGGACUUUGAAUCAAUACGUCACAUCGACUGAUCUCGUCUUGACUAUCACGAAGAAUCUCAGGCAGCUUGGGGUUGUUGGAAAAUUUGUGGAAUUCUACGGCCCUGGAGUUGCGGAACUCAGUAUUGCUGAUAGAGCCACUAUUUCCAACAUGUGCCCCGAAUACGGUGCUACUGUUGGAUUUUUUCCAGUUGAUCGACAGAGUUUGAGCUACUUGAGACAAACUGGGCGAACUGAGGAGCAUAUUGAACGUAUAGAAAAAUACCUGGAGGCAGUGCGAAUGCUGCGGGAUUACAACGAUCAAUCCCAGGAUCCGAUAUUCUCGGAAACAGUGACUCUGGACUUGGGAACAGUGGUAUCCAGCGUGAGUGGUCCCAAAAGGCCCCACGACAGGGUCUCCGUGUCCGAAAUGAAGGCAGAUUUCACCAGCUGUCUUACAAACAAGAUUGGCUUCAAGGGAUACGGUCUCACCCCAGAGAGGACGAAAACCGAGGGAAUAUUUCAAUUCGAGGGCAAGGACUACAAACUGCGUCAUGGAUCGGUGGUGAUUGCCGCAAUCACCAGUUGUACAAACACGAGCAAUCCGAGUGUCAUGCUCGGUGCAGGUCUUCUUGCAAAAAAGGCUGUUGAGGCCGGAUUGACCGUCGCCCCGUACAUCAAGACAUCUCUCUCCCCUGGAUCUGGGGUGGUCACUUAUUACCUGCAGGAGAGCGGUGUCAUACCCCCGCUGACGCAGCUUGGCUUCGACGUUGUUGGCUACGGCUGUAUGACUUGUAUUGGCAACAGCGGACCCUUGGAUGAUUCCAUUGUCGAUGCCAUCGAAAAGAAUGAAUUGGUCUGUUGUGGCGUAUUAUCUGGAAAUCGCAAUUUCGAGGGAAGAAUUCAUCCCAGUACGAGAGCUAAUUAUCUCGCAUCUCCUCUCCUUGUAAUUGCAUAUGCAAUAGCGGGGACCGUUGACAUUGAUUUUGAGAAGGAGCCCCUGGGGAGAAGAAUAGAUGGUCGUGAGGUGUUUCUCCGUGAUAUUUGGCCGACUAGGGCUGAGAUCCAGGCUGUGGAGCAGAUGUAUGUGAUUCCAGCGAUGUUUAAGAGUGUUUAUGAGAGAAUUGAGCAGGGCAGCCCACGGUGGGCAAGUCUUGCUGCUCCUGAGGGCCAACUCUACCCCUGGGAUUCCAAUUCAACUUAUAUUAAACAUCCGCCGUAUUUCCAUGGACUGCAGAAGCAAUUGCCUGAAAUCACGUCCAUACGAGGUGCCAGGGUACUUCUGAAUCUUGGGGAUUCCGUGACGACUGAUCACAUCAGUCCAGCUGGAAGCAUUGCUCGUAAUUCCCCAGCAGCUAGAUAUUUAGCUUCGAGAGGCCUUACACCGAAAGAAUUCAAUUCAUACGGUGCACGUCGUGGAAAUGACGCCGUAAUGGUGCGUGGAACAUUCGCGAAUAUUCGCCUGGUAAAUAAAUUCGUAGGAAAGCCAGGAGCAAGAACCCUCCACAUUCCCACUAACGAAGAGAUGGAUAUUUACGAUGCUGCCGAGAAAUACGGGAGGGAUAAAACCCCUCUAAUAGCACUGGUCGGCAAGGAAUACGGCUCAGGCUCAUCGAGGGAUUGGGCUGCCAAGGGACCCUAUCUUCUUGGAAUUCGUGCAAUAAUCGCCGAGUCCUACGAGCGUAUACACAGGUCAAAUUUGGUUGGAAUGGGUAUUGUUCCAUUGCAAUAUUUACCAGGUCAAACGGCCGAGACUCUCGGUCUCACUGGCUUUGAAUUAUUUGACAUCGACAUUCCACUAAAUUGUCAACCACACGAACAAAUAACAGUGCGCACUGACACUGGAAAAAAUUUCAGCGUCAUCGUGCGUUUCGACACCGAAGUCGAUUUGACUUAUUUCAAACACGGCGGCAUUCUUAAUUACAUGAUUCGAUCCCUUAUUUGAAUUGUUAAGAAUUUUAUCAUCGUUUUAUACUUUUUUAAUUCGUGGAGGGAAAUUUUCUAAAUUAUUUGAUAAAUAUCUGUUGAUUUUUAAUAUUUUUUCUUGUUGUCUAGCUUGCGAUGACUCAUUGUCAAAUUAAUUUUUGAUUGAUGGAGAAUAGAAUUUAAUAGCGAAAAGGUAAAAAAUAAUAAGUAGCUGCGAGACAAAUUUCUCCUGAGUUCCCUAAUGGGAAAAAAUUAGUAGAAUUGCAUGUACGAGGAAGAUCCCACAAAUAACAGAAUGGUCAGCAAGGUAUUUGACCGAAGCACAAAGUUGAACCACCUCAUUCUGUCGAUCGUGCACGUUCCUUUAUCGUUUAUCGAAAUAUUGUUACAUUAACCCCCAGGUUUUAAUUAAUUUCCCCUAAUCAAAAGAAAAAAUAUGCAUUUUAUUUUGUUGGGAAACUUUAAUAUUUUGUACACCAAUGAUCAGUUAAUGCCUCAAAGACGAGAAGAAUAAAGUUUAAACUAUUUGAAA